CACUCAGAAAGUGAAGUCUACUUAACUUAAUCAAAAAAAUUCCAUUUUCAUGGACUAUAAAUCAUUUCUUCUCUCCCGUUUAUUGAUUUGUUUUCCAGUUUUUCUCACUCUCUGAUGAAAAUCUCUCUUCAGAGAUGAACCCUGAAAUUUAGAGAAGAAAGUAGAUUAAUCUUUUUCUUUGAUUUUGGGAUUUUUUUCCUGGAAUCGUUAGUUGGGAAUAUAAUACUUUUACACCUAAAACCCCCCUCUUAUAUUGAUUCGUCAUCUCUUUUGAUUCUUCUUCCUUUGGGUCUGCUUAUUUCGGAGUUGUAGAUCACUCUCUGUUUCCAGAGAUCUACAACUUUGAACUCUUCUUCAUACCAAACCAAAUCUCUUGUUCUUUUCUCCAGAUUUUCCCUCAACAAAUCCCCCCCGAAAACCUCUCUAAAACCCUCCUAGAUUUUCUCAUUUUCACUUCCAGUUUCAUACAAAUCUUUGUUCCAGAUCACAAGAUUUUAACGGUUUGGGUGUUUUUUUCGUCUGUAAAUGAAACUGAAGCUCAUAAUCUUCAAUCUGUUCUUUCAUCUUUGAAGAUGAAUCAGAAAUUUCGUGAACUUCGAAACUGUUUCUCUGAGAAAUUCAAAACCAUGGAAAAACAUCAUUCAGCUGUAAAACUCACAGAUCAUGUUCUUAAAACAAGAAAAGUUGUUCAAAACCAGAAAUCAAGAACCCAUUCUUCUGAAAAUCGAACAGUCAUGAACCCGAAAUUGGUAAGAUUCAUUUCUACAGAUGCUGACGCAACUGAUUCAUCAGGUGAUGAAAGAGAAGAAGGAAGAUUUGUGAAAAGAGUGAAAAGACAUAUCAGAGAAAUCAACAUAGUUACUCCACCUUCUCCUUUACCUCCUCCUACUCCUGCUAAGAAAUUACCUUCUCCUACAAAGAGAUCACAACGGCGUCGGAGAAAGUCAGUGAACAGUCAAAGAUCAUACCGGUUAUCGGAAGCUGACAAAGCCUCUUCUAGUCGGAAAAAAUACAGAGGAGUAAGGCAAAGACCAUGGGGAAAGUGGGCUGCUGAAAUACGUGAUUCACAUACUAAAAAACGGCUUUGGCUCGGUACAUUUAGUUCUGCUGAAGAAGCUGCCAUGGUUUACGAUGAAGCCGCCGUUAGAAUUAAAGGUGCUGAUGCUAUACUUAAUUUUCCUUCUUCUGUUCGUAGUCAACUUAGGUCCGCUGUUAGUCAAGAACCAGAAGCUUCUUCUUUGCCUUCUACAAGUUCUGCCGUCCGACCAAGUGAUCACCAUAUUCCGUAUUCACUUAGACAUAGAACCUGCAGUACUGUCAGCUCCGGCGGUGGUUCUCUGUCGUCUCCAACUUCUGUUCUCCGUUAUGGUGAGUUAACACCGUUAGACAAUUUCAGUUCAGUGGGUGAUGAUGACUUAUUCGGAUAUGGUGGUGAAUUUGAUUUCAACAUACCUAUGCUAGACUUACCGGAUUUGCCAUAUACUGAUGUCGCCGGAGAAAUGGAUUUCGGCGAGCUUGAUAUGAACGAGUUUUCACAGAUGAUCUAUUAGAGCUUUACAAUUACUAAAAUACCCUAUAGUCUCUAAGUACAUUUCCAUGCCUUUUAUUUAAUUAUAGUAUAUAGGAAAAAAAGAAGAAGAAAGUAAAUAUUUUGGUAGCCGAGUUGAUACGGCGAAUUUUGUCCUGUGUGUAGAAAGAUUAUGAAGACGGUUUGGGGUUUAUGUCUUAAAUUUCGGUUAAUUAUAAUUAAUUAAUUAAUUAUUAUUAUUGUUUAUAAUUA